CAAUUUUCGAUCAUUUGYGAGAAAGCAGUGGUUCGACGGGAAACGACAGAAAAGAUUCUCGCAUCGAAAAGAGAUCAUAAAACGAAAAUAUACCAAUUUCAAAUCGAAUUCGAAAUCUACCAUUCAAUCAUGUUGUUCCGAACUACCAUCGCUCUUCUCUUCACCUCUGUUGCUGCAUUUAGCACCAUUAAACCCACCAUGGUUCGCCCCGUAAGUAGCCCUAUAGUAUGAGUCAAAGACACAAAUUGCAUCGUUCUUGUAUACUUGACCAACAUGUAGCAUCGAAUCUAAUACAACUUUUUUCAUGAUGUGCAUCGAAACAAAAACAGGCAAACAUGGUUUCAACCACAGCACACCAGGCGUUCUUGACGGAAGAAGAAACYCUCGCAAUYCUGAACAAGUCUAACGAAUGCAUUGAAUCCGAAUGCGCUGUCGACGAAGUCGACGAGCUUUUGACUGUCUUGAAGGACACCGAAAAGGAGUUGGAAGGUCGCCUCGAAAAAAUUAUGAACACGAUUAGUCAUUUGCAACACAUCAACGAGAAGGAAGAACGCCAAACCGACGAGGUCCGUGCUUUCGUCAGAGACUUGCUUCGAGUAUUCGAUACCGGCAAGCCCGCGUUUUCUCCCCAGGGAUUCUCUGGYGACAUCGGAAAGGGUGCCCGAACCGCAUACGAUGUCCUUCCUCCCAAGAAAUGGACAAAUCCCGAAAAGCUCUAAUCAGCUUACAUAAUACAGUGCGACGGCGCCAGCCUCCCAUUAUGAAAUGUCAAACACACACCUACACACACACARCACUGGCAAACACACAAUAAUCAUUUUCACUCCGAAGAACAAAAUGCAACGACACAACAUCCACAUUGCAACUUCACGAUAUGACAGGGAAGACUCAGGCAAUAUCCCAAAUCCAUCGAACAACCCGYUGGGAUAAUUGUACUGUGUUUUGGAAAAAAUCAAUCUUGAAUGAUCCUUUGCAACAAAAUACAAAAAGCAUUAACUUGAAUAAAACAUUAUUUUAUUU